AGGCAAUGGUUAAGGAAAGAACGCGGAGAGAGAGCGAGCUAUCGAGAGAGAGAGAGAGAGUUGGAGAGAAAAGGAGUAAAAAAAGCAGCAGCACUUGGGUUUGCCAGCGGUCCUGCGAGCUCGUCCAACAUUGAUUCGGUUCUCUUUUUUUUUUUCUCCUGCCUGUAUUCUGUGCUUUGCAUUAGCCAGCUCCCCCCACCCCCCUCCGCGGCAUGCAUGUGCGCGCGUGUGCCUGCGUUAUGUGUGCGCCGCGCGCUCUGAGUUUUCUGCUGGAUCCAAAGAUCUAAGAAAACACUCAUUGCUCUUUGCCAAGGAUUUUUUUUUUCCGGCAUUGUUUAGAUUUUUUUUUUUUUGUUAAUUAUUUGGAAAGCAUUUAUUUUGAGCACUGUUGCCUUUCUAGUUCUAUUUUUUUCUGUGCACACACCUUUAUUUUGUUUCGUUUUUUUUUUUUUUUUUUCUAACCAAUUUUACCAUCUUGUAAUUUUACCUGGAACCGUUUGCAGCAAAAGCAAAUUUCCUGAUCUUGAAAUUAACUUCUUUCCGCCGGCAAUUGGAGCAUCUCCAGUCUUCUUUCCUUUUUACCCAAGUUUUUUUUUUUUUUGUCGCCAAUUCUUCAUCCUUGCCAAGCCAGCAGUUGUUGUUUCGGCGUGAGUGGCAAAGAACUGGUGCGGGUGGAUUUUUUUCUCUUUUUUCUAUCCUGAACGGCGUGCCAAAUUUAUGAUGAGAGUGCAAAAUGGAUGAAUUUCAUCCCUUCAUCGAGGCUUUGCUGCCACACGUCCGUGCGUUCUCCUACACCUGGUUCAACCUCCAGGCCCGCAAGCGCAAGUACUUCAAGAAGCAUGAGAAGCGCAUGACGAAGGACGAGGAGCGCGCCGUCAAAGACGAACUCCUGGGCGAGAAGCCCGAGAUCAAGCAGAAGUGGGCGUCCCGUCUGCUCGCCAAGCUCCGCAAAGACAUCCGGCCGGAGUUCCGCGAGGACUUCGUGCUCACCAUCACGGGGAAGAAGCCGCCGUGCUGCGUACUGUCCAACCCCGACCAGAAGGGCAAGAUCCGCCGCAUCGACUGCCUGCGGCAAGCGGACAAGGUCUGGCGUCUGGACCUGGUGAUGGUGAUCCUGUUCAAGGGAAGCCCGCUGGAGAGCACGGACGGAGAGAGGCUGGUCAAGUCCCCGCAAUGUUCCAACCACGGCCUCUGCGUGCAGCCGCACCACAUCGGAGUGUCCGUCAAAGAGCUGGACCUGUAUCUGGCCUACUUCGUCCACACGCCAGAAUCUGGACAGUCGGAUAACUCCAACCAACAAGGAGAAGCAGACAUCAAGCCUCCGCCCAAUGGGCACUUGAGUUUCCAGGACUGCUUCGUGACGUCAGGCGUGUGGAACGUGGCGGAGCUGGUCCGUGUGUCACAGACACCAGUUGCCACAGCAACCGGACCCAACUUCUCUCUGGCCGACCUUGACAGUCCAGGAUACUACAACAUCAACCUGGGUCGCCGCUCCAUUACGUCCACGCCAUCGACCAGGACUGAGAUGGAGUUGUAUGCCAGUCUCCCGCGGAGCUCCAACAAGCGUAAAUCCAUUGAUGACAGUGAGAUGGAGAGCCCGGUGGAUGACGUCUUCUAUUCGGGACGUUCUCCUGCCCCGGGAGCAUCCCAACCCAGCGGCUGGCCCAAUGAUGUUGAUGCAGUGCAACACCAUUUGGCCAGUAUGCAGGAGAGGAAGAUAAAACACGAAAGCGAUGGCGUGCAGUUUCCUUACCAUGGACUCUCGUCGCCUGGUUCUCUUAAGAAGUCGGGGAAAUUCGAUUUCAGCGCUCUGUCCGGCCAUACGAGGUCUGCACGCAUGCCGUUCACCCAUCACCCGCUGCCCAUGCUGGCAGGUGUAAGACCAGCAGGAAGUCCCCGUGCCUCAGCUUCCUCCCUGCACUUCCCCUCGCCAUCCAUCAUCCAGCAGUCCAGCCCGUAUUUCACCCAUCCCACCAUCCGAUACCACCACCACCCGGGACAGGACCCCCUCAAGGAGUUUGUGCAGUUCGUGUGUGCCGACGGAUCAGGACAGGCUAGUGGUCAGCCGAACGGGAGCGGCCAGAGCAAAAUGCCGGGCUCCUUCUUGCUGCCUCCACCCCCCCCUGUGGCGCGUCCAGUGCCCCUCCCAAUGCCAGACUCUAAACCCAGCAGCACGCCCCCCGAUGGUGGACUCACCUCACCCACAUCUCCGUCAUACUCCACGCCAGGCUCCACAGCUCCCAACAGGUUUGUCAGCAUCGGAUCACGGGACAACAACUUUCUGAACAUACCCCAGCAGACGCAGUCAUGGUUCCUUUGACGAGGUCCUGCCUGCAACCUGUUGACACAAUUUGGAAGUUUUAUGACAAAAAAGAAAAUAAUAAUCCUGUUUGAAAAUCCCCUCCGACCUGAGAUGCACCCUAAGAAACGUGAGCAGAAUAAGAUUGGGAAACGUUCGACCCUGUAUUUGCCAACCGUCAGACGCCCUUCAAGCCCGCUCCUCCACCUCCGUUACAGACGUUCAGAUCACAGCAGGAGGUGACGGACUGACACGCACCUACAGCAUCUCGCAAGAACCGUCACGAAAACAACGGCAACAUAGAGGAAGAACCUGAUGAGCAGAGACAGAAACAAGAGUGUAGUGUACAAUGGCUGGGAUUAUCAACAGUUUCAGUGGUGAGGAUUCAGACACGACUAAAACGCAAGAUUUUUACUAAUUAAAGUUUUCAAAACACUUAAACAUGCUGACGUUCAGCAUACAAGGCGACGCUAAAAAAAAAGUCAUUUCACAUUAUAAGACGUUUUACAUUUUUAGCUAAUUAGCAUGCAGUAGAAACGUCAGUUACUAAACUAAUUACGAACAGCAGAAGUAUUGCACUACAAAUACGCGAAGAACACUAGUUUGACGUGCACUAUUGAAAAUGGGAUCGACGGCGGACAUUAUUUGCACAUUUUAUUGCAGAGAAAAACAAACCCCACACACUACAGCUACCCAGAGACGCAUCUCAGAGGACGUCCUCGUUUUCAGGCCUCAAACAGAAGCGUUGUAAUGAAACAAACGUCCAAUUCAGGCCAUUAGUGCCAACUAGACAGCACCAGAUUUUAGUUAGUACUCCUAUAGGACGAAAAAUGCCAAUCAGCGUACACACUUAAGGCUCAGUCACUUUCGCUAAAUUUCGUGGGCGAAAAGGUACAUUGUGCAUCGCUACGCUAUUGAAUAUGUACAAAGUACUAAAUUUACAGUACAGCGGAUAAAAUCUUUUUUUUUUUUUUUUUUUUUAUUAAAGACACAUGUCUGACAUGUAAGUUUUAAACUUUUAAGUAAACUCUAUAUUUAUAUAUUUUUUGCCCAAAAUUGCAUGGAUUCCUUAAAAAUGUAUUUUGUCCGUGAAAUUUCGCCGAGCAACUGUAAAUGUGACUGCCAGGGUUGCCAGGUCUUCGUAACAAAACUAGCCCAAUGGCCAAUCAAAAAUAGCCCAAAAGUAGCCCAGUGGCCAUAUCCCAAAUAUUAGGGAUGCACUGAUAUGAAAAUUUUGGCUGAUACCGAUAACCGGUAAUUCUUUAUAUUUGAAAGCCGAUAACCGAUAUAUUGGCCGAUAAAUCUAAAUCCAAAUUUUUAUAUAAUUUUUGAGAGCCUGAUUACAAAAGCUAAAGUCUCACCAUUAAUAGCCAUAUCCCAAACACACAAUUGUAAUGAUGAUAAAUUAUAUAAUUGUAAUAUCAUUAUAAUUUGCAUAAUUUGUGUAAACGUACUGUAUUUACUCCAGUCAUAUCAAGCGAACAGUGCGCAUCUAAAGUGUCUCAGCUGAAUCAACCCAAAGCAACAAUUUAAAUGUAGCCCAAUUUCCACAGACUUGGCAACCCUGGUGACCACACCUUUACAGCCCCCUCACGUGAAAUUGCGUAGAUUCCUCUUUAAAUUAUGGAGCUCCACACAUAAAAUGCAGGAAAAAAAAUAGUAGGCUAAAUUGUGCGCAUAAUUUACUAAUUCGUUCCCUCGAUUCACUAAAUCGUGCGCAUGAUUUAGCCUACUAUUAUUUUCCUGCAUUUUAUGUGCGGGGGUCUGUAUUAAUCGAUAUUUUGUCUGCGAAAUUUCGCCGAGCGAUUGUAAAUGUCACCGCACCUUUACAGCCAUGUGACCGAGCUACAAUUAUAAAAUUGUUUCUUUUAAGAAAAAUCUGCGAUAAUCAUUGCAUUCUUUUAUUUCAAACUCAGUUUUUUAAUUAAAGCCAUAUGUCUGAAAUAUAAGUUUUAAAUCAUUUGUUUAAAAAAUAAAACUCUUAAUUAGAAGUAGAAAACUUAAAAAAAUUUUUUUAGUAAUUUUAAUAAAUUUCUUAAUCGAAGCAAGGCAUAAUAAAAGUCCCCGAUUCAUUAGCACUAAUAAAGGCGGCCCUAGAGACACGCCCACUUCUGUGUUUUGUUUACGUACCUGUUUACACUCCCAGAAGUCCGUGUUCCAAGAACACGCGACCUCGCUGCGGAGCAAAAGAAUGUGUGACAUAUCAUAGCCGUGCUCAGAGGGAGGUGGGCCGCUCGGGGUCGACUUUUAUUAGGCAAAAUUUUGGUAACGUUUCGGCAAGGCUGUCAUCAAAGUAUACGCAUACACGCACUGUCCUCCGCAGGUUGACUACAAAGGGAAGCCUUUAGGGUGAAUUACAGUAGGGCGAUCUUCAUCCGCUGAUAAAACAAACGUUUUGCUUUCGACGCAGCUGUAAUCGACAACCUCACAAAAUAACUGGACUGCCUGACCAUGUAUCUCACUGCAGGGAAGCAUUGUUGCCGGACGGCGGCCGUGUCAUCGCUUUUGGUAGAAAACUAACACGAGAAUCGUGAUGGCAAUGGUCUUUUCUUUUCUAAUCAAAGGAAGUGCCUCUGUAUUCCCAUUAUGCAAUUUGUUAAACAUGAAUUCAGGUUAUUUUCUUGCAUAUAAGCUAUAGAGGAGCGUGAAAUUUUUAUGAGAAGAAGAAAAGAAAAAAACAAGCGUCAGCUCACUAGUUACAAACAUCUUUAUAUAUACAGGAUAUAUCCAUAUAUAUUUAUAUAUACAUUUUUUUUCUUAUUUGCCUAAUAAGCUCAGUGGCAGUCUAGUUAUUUUUUGAAGUAUGAUCAUGAGUUAUCAUAAAUCAGAUAUCCGUUCAGUCCCGAAAACCCAGUUCUGCACUUAAUAAUUAGAGCGAAAAAAUAAACCGGCGGAAAUCAGAUUUCCUCGGAAAACGUUAUUGAUUAGCGUAGGUAAAAAAAAAAAAAAAUGCACGGCUUUUGAUUUCUUUUGUGUUUGGACAGGAAGUAUUUGUUAUUGCAAAAUAAAGUGUGUUGAUUGAGCCAUGUGCAAUGCCUUGGGUAGAAACUGUGUUUGUCUCAUUGUUAGGGUGUACAGGAAAGCGUAGAGGUGAAAAUCCUUCUAUUAUAGUAAAGUCCACGCUGUCCGGGACUCUAAACUACAGGGCGGAGAGAGCGAGAGAGAGAGAGAGAGAGAGAAAACGGUCUUUGUAAGUUUUGGGAUUUUGUUUUGUAAUCUUUCCUUUUUUUUCUGCUUUUUUAUUGUUCAUUUGUAAUGAUUUGUUCUCAAAACUUAGGAGGGCUGAAGAAGCAGUUUUUUUGCGACACGUCAGAAUAUAUCACUAAAUAAAACAGGUGCUUUUUAUGGAUCAAAGUACGUUCAAUCUCUAUUAUACAUAAGAAGACAAAAAAUAAGUGUUAUCAAGACAAAUUUUAGGAAGAAAAAAAAAAACACGUUCAUUACUCUUUUUUCCUUUUUAUAUUUACUAAAGGGGGGAGGGGGUUCAUUGUGGUCAAGGUUGUGACAAAAGGCAUUUUUCCUCCAACCUUUUCCCUGAAACGAACGAGGAAUGUUGAGUGACGACGUCCUAAGAGGUUUUACAAGCUAAAAUGCAGGAUUUUCCGGUGUUUUUGACUUCAUGCUAUGCAUUCCAGUUUUCUAGGACUUCCAUACUUUGGGUCGCCCGAACAGCCGUAGUUCUUAACAAACUUCCCGCCGGAACUUUGCUGGCUUUUUGUAUGUAGAAAAUUUCAAAUUCGUAUGACAAGAUCUUCCCUUUUUGGGGGGAGAGGCUUUAACACUGAAUCUAAAAUGCCCAUUGUAAGCUAGAAACUAAGGAAUAUGAAGACAUGGGAAUUUGUUGUUUUUUAUAUUUUGAUAAACUGGUGAAUCUCUUCAUAUUUCACUCCAAAAAAAAUUUUUGUCAAAAAUAAAUAGUUCGAAAAACAUCGUAAUGGUCCUAUAAUUUUUAUACUUUAUUCAUAUCAUUUUCUUUUAAUUUGGGGGUGAAAAAAAUCUAUAUUUCUUAACAAGCUUCACCCAAACAGACUCCCAAACAAAGUCGGCGACCAAUCAGAACGAGCGAGUUGAAAUUGAACCCCUCCCCCUCAGAACUCGCAGCGCCCUCUACUGGCCCUCCGUGUAAAUGACUCUAAAUAUUUGUUUUGUGAUCUAGUGUUAGACUCAGAGCAUCAUAAAGGUUGUCCCUAAAAAGUGCCUUUUGUUCACAGACACCAUCUUGUAAUCCUGAGUGCCCAUCUCAAAAAAGAAAAAAAAAAAAACAUAAAAAAAACAAAACAAAAAAGUCCCCUCCUUCAAACUUCUGUAUUUCUCCUUCCGCGACUUCUUCAAAGCAGUAUAUAUAGUACUAAAGGAAAUCGGUGUGACUUAGUUCCUCUUUUUAUUGUUGAAUAAUUAAGAAAACUGUAAAAAAUGACAAAAAAAAAUGACUUUCUGUCUUGCUUUUCCUUCCUCUGUAAUCUUGUCUUCUGCCUCUUUUGGACACUGGAGUAGUCUAUAGUUGCAAAACCAUCGCCCUUCCCCAUGCCCCUUUUCUCUGAAUGGAGGGGUUUUAAAAUAAUAAAAAAAAAGAGUAAGAAAAAAAUGUUGUCUGAGCAGAAUGCAGUUAGCUCACAUGUUAUUCUUGUCUGUACGCUUCACGUUGUAUUCAUACCGAUCUCUUCAGCUUCUCCAUUGAACAGUUAAUGUACGUGAACAAGUUACGCCGGUGAGCUCUGGUGGGCCGUCCCACGGACAGAAGGGUGUUUCAGCUGCGAAAACGAUAGAGGCCGACCGCUGGGGUAGAGUAGGCGAGUUUUGAUCUAUUUAUUUCUCUAUUUUUUUUGUUUUGUUACCAAAUUCUUUUGAUUUGCUAUGAUCUGUUUGUUAUUGAUUUUGCAUUGAGAAUCUGUAUUGAUGAUGCACCUUUUGAAUGGUUGUACGUGACCAGAUAUUUAAUUUAAAAAAAAAAAAAAAGUUCCUGUCAAGACAAAGCACCUUAAAAACGGAGUGGUUUCAGCCCAGGGAAAGCGACAGACAUUUUCGAAGCCCAGCGUUACGAGCCAAACCCUUUAGACCAAAGUGACGCACGCCACAAAAAAGACUAAAAUUAACUUGAAAACUCACCAGCAAAAGCCGACGUGGGCUUAAACGACAACUUGCUUCCUCCCACAAACAAAAUAUGCAAUUGUUUCACUUUCCCGAGUCCGUGAAGCCGGCGUCCGCGUUGGCUGCGAUUUAUUAAUAACUGUAAUAAGUGAAAGCCAUAGCGACGGACACGUGUUUGGCGCUCUCAUUGUCCCUCCCUGGUACUGACCGUCCAUUUUCUUUCUUUCAUAUUUACUUUACUUUUGUACUCUUGUGUUGAGCGGGGCAUUCGGAUGCGUUUAGAGUAGCAUGAGCCCUCGGCGGCUUCGGUCCUGGUUUGAACUCCUCGAGCGGCGCCCUUCUCAGUCCACACGCCUUCCAGAGCUCAUGGUGAAAUGCAUGUGUUGAUUACAAUUUCUUUUCCAUAAUAAGAAAAACAAGAAAGAGCAGCACCUUUAACUGAUUGAAUAAAAGGAUGUUCUUGACUGUAAA